CACAAACACGAUCAGGGGACCAGGAGCCAAACCAGAUUUGAUUUCGACCCGAAAUUCAGUAGUAAAAAAUUCUAUAAAAAAUUCUAUAAAAAAACCCAAAAUUCGAGCAGAAUGGAUCAGCCAAAGACCAAUGUCUCGACCAUCGAUGCUGAGACCGAGCCAAAGUUACCAGCACCCGCGACCAAGGUGUUGCUCAUAGGAUCAAGUCCCGUAACGGCAGAGAUCGAGAUCCAGGCAGUGCCAGUGCCCGAGGACACGGGCUGUGUGCUUCGGCUACGGCUCGCCUCUCAGGUGCCGCAGACUUCGCGGCGGCGCGUCUGCUUCCACGAGGGCGUCGUCGACAACGAGCACUUGAAUCGGCGCAAGUCCAAGUGCUGCUGCAUCUACCGCAAGCCGCAUGCCUUUGACGAGAGCUCUUCGUCUGCGGACGAUGAGUGCGAGCACUGCUUCGGCCAUCCGGAGGUCAGGACCCGUAACCGGCUGGAGAAGCAGCGUAGGCGUCGGCCAACCUGCGGCUGCUGCUCCUGCGGGGCCUGUCACCAGACCACCAAUCAAGGUGAAGGCGGCAGUCAGACGGAAGUCCACAAGCAGCAGGAGCUGGAAACCCAACAGGAUGAGGGUCAGAUCGUCACCGAUCGAUGUGAGCCCACCCAGGAGCAGUACGAGUCCCCAGUCCCAAGCCAUUCUUGAUGUUUUCUCGUGAUCACAAUGAAAUUAAAAACCCACCUUGGUUGAUAUGUUACUUGA